GUAUUUUGAUUGAUUGGUUAUUAGCCAAUCACAGACUUUGUUUUGGCUAAACGCAAUCCGCUUGACUGCUACGCUGAACUCCAAACUUGCACUAGCAUAAAACGACCAGAAACAGCGUACUGUUACUCCAACUGCUCUGUCAAAAUGCCUCAGACCAACAAGUCAGUAAGUGGUGGCUCUGGGCCAGGACAGGGAUCUGCAGACCAGGGCCAGCCACCACCAGCAUCAGUGGAUGUUAAGGACCAGGCCGCUGCUGGAGAUGGAGGCGGAGGAGUCAGUUCUGAAGAUAUGGGAGACACUGAGAUCAUCAAAUCACCCAGUGACCCAAAGACAUAUAGGUGCAUUGAGCUAAGCAACGGCCUUCGGGUGCUCCUCAUCUCUGACUUCAGUGGCAUUGGUGGAAAAGGAGAGACUGAAGAUGGAGACGACGAUCAGGAAAGAGAAGACGAAGAAGACGGGGAUUCUGGAGAAGGGUCAGAGGAGGAUGAGGACGAGAAUGACGAGGAAGAGCAGGACAGCGACUUUGAUGAACUGGAUGAAGAGAAUGCAUCGAAGAAGAAGAAGGGAUGUUCUGAGAAGCAGGCAGCUGCUGCUCUGUGCAUCAGCGUGGGGAGCUUCAGUGACCCGGACGACCUCCCUGGCCUCGCCCACUUCCUGGAGCACAUGGUGUUCAUGGGCAGCGAGAAAUACCCAGCAGAGAACGGCUUUGACGCUUUCUUGAAGAAGCACGGCGGCAGUGACAACGCCUCCACCGACUGUGAAAGAACCAUCUUCCAGUUUGACGUGCAGAGAAAGUACUUUAGAGAGGCGCUUGACAGAUGGGCUCAGUUCUUCAUCUGUCCUCUGAUGAUCGAGGACGCCAUCGACAGAGAGGUGGAGGCUGUGGACAGUGAUUCUCUCCACUACAUCUGUCUGUGCCUCACUUCAGCCGAGUACCAGUUAGCGAGGCCGUCUGACUCGCACCGUAAGGAGAUGCUGUUUGGAAGCCUGGCUAAACCUGGACAUCCGAUGAGCAAGUUCUGCUGGGGCAACGCUCAGACAUUAAAACAUGAGCCCAAAGAGAAGCAGGUCAACACUUAUGAGCGACUCAGGGACUUCUGGAGGAGAUACUACUCUGCUCAUUACAUGACCCUGGCAGUCCAGUCCAAAGAGACUCUGGACACUCUGGAGCAGUGGGUGAGAGAGAUUUUCAUCAGUGUUCCCAACAACGGCGAACCUCGACCUGACUUCUCUCACCUACAGCAGCCAUUUGACACGCCGGCCUUCAACAGACUCUACAGAGUGGUUCCUGUGAGGAAGGUCCAUGCUCUGACCAUCAGCUGGGCCGUGCCUCCACAGGGAAAACACUACAGGGUGAAGCCUCUUCACUACAUCUCCUGGCUCAUCGGACACGAAGGAACCGGCAGCAUCCUGUCUCUGCUCAGGAAGAAGUGCUGGGCUCUGGCUUUGUUUGGGGGAAACAGUGAAACUGGAUUUGACCAGAACACCACCUACUCCAUAUUCUCUGUCUCAAUUACCCUCACCGACCAGGGCUAUCAGAACGUCUACCAGGUGGCCCAUUUGGUGUUCCAGUACAUGAAGAUGAUCCAGACCCUCGGCCCUCAGCAGAGGAUCUAUGAGGAAAUUCAGAAGAUAGAAGCCAAUGAGUUCCACUAUCAGGAGCAGACGGAUCCCAUCGAGUUUGUAGAGAACAUCUGUGAGAACAUGCAGCUGUUUCCCAAACAGGACUUUCUGAGCGGAGACCAACUCAUGUUUGAGUACGAUCCAGAGGUGAUCAGUGCAGCUCUGUCCCUGCUGACCCCUGACAGAGCAAACCUACUGCUGCUGUCUCCAGAAAACGAAGGCCGCUGUCCCCUCAGAGAGAAAUGGUUCGGCACCUGCUACAGCCAGGAGGAUAUCCCAGACGAGUGGGCUCAGCGCUGGGCAGGAGACGAACUCAACUCUGAGCUCCACCUUCCUGCUGAGAACAAAUUCAUUGCAACGGACUUCACGCUGAAAACAUCGGACUGUCCAGACACUGAGUUUCCCGUCAGGAUAGUGAACAGCGAGCGAGGCUGCCUGUGGUACAAGAAGGACAACAAGUUCAAGAUCCCCAAAGCCUAUAUCCGUUUCAACCUGAUUUCCCCCAUGAUUCAGAAGAGUCCAGAGAAUCUGGUUCUGUUCGACCUGUUUGUGAACAUCUUGGCUCACAACCUGGCAGAACCGGCCUAUGAGGCUGAUGUGGCUCAGCUGGAGUACAAACUGGUGGCCGGGGAACACGGACUGAUGAUCCGCUUAAAGGGCUUCAACCACAAGCUGCCGCUGCUGCUGAAGCUGAUCGUGGACCAUCUGACAGACUUCAGCGCUGAGCCGAGCGUCUUCACUAUGUUCUUAGAGCAGCUAAAGAAAACCUACUUCAACAUCCUCAUCAAACCGGACCGACUGGGAAAGGACGUCCGCCUACUGAUCCUGGAGCACUGCCGUUGGUCGGUCGUUCAGAAGUAUCAGGCCGCCAUGAAAGGUGUGACCGUAGACGACCUCAUGACGGUUGUCGCUGGGCUGAAAGCGGAGCUGUUCGUCGAGGGGCUGGUUCAGGGAAACUUCACCAGCGCGGAGUCCAAGGAGUUUCUGCAGAGCUUCAUCAAUAAGCUGCGCUUCCAGCCUCUGUCUGCAGAGGUCCCCGUGCUGUUCCAGGUGGUGGAGCUGCCUCAGAAGCAUCAUCUCUGCAAAGUCAAGUCUCUAAACAAGGGAGACGCCAACUCAGAGGUGACGGUCUACUACCAGUCAGGGCUGAAGAACCUCAGAGAACACGCGCUGAUGGAGCUGAUGGUGAUGCACAUGGAGGAGCCCUGCUUCGACUUCCUUCGGACAAAAGAGACUCUGGGGUACCAGGUGUACCCGACCUGCAGGAACACCUCAGGGGUGCUGGGUUUCUCCGUUACCGUGGAAACACAGGCCACCAAGUUCAGCUCCGAGUUUGUUGAAGCGAAGAUCGAGGAGUUCCUGCUCAGCUUUGGCGAGCGUUUGUCAGGACUGAGCGAGGAGGCCUUCAGGACCCAGGUGACGGCUCUCAUCAAGCUCAAGGAGUGUGACGAUGCUCACCUGGGGGAGGAGGUGGACCGCAACUGGUUCGAGGUCGUCACACAACAGUAUGUGUUCGACCGGCUGAACAAGGAGAUCGAGGCUCUGAAGCGGUUCACGCAGGAGGAGCUGCUCUCCUGGUUCCUGGAGCACAGAACCAGCAGCAGCAGGAAGCUCAGCGUCCACGUCGCUGGUUUUGGGCUGGAGGAGAACGACCCCGCAGACCAGAGCGCCGUCUGCAGCCCGGACAACCCCCCCCCGUCGGCCUACGGCGAGGUCAACGAGCUGAGCUUCCUGUCGGCCUCGCCGCCGUCGCUGCAGGACGCCGUCCUCAUCACAGACAUCAGGGCGUUCACGUCCUCUCUGCCGCUUCACCCCUUCCACAAAAUCCUCAGCUAGGUCCCUCAGCCUGCACGGCACGGCACGUCACGGGACGGCACAGGGGUGUCCAUGCGGUUUUAUUAGUGCUGCGUUCACUGUCUGCUGGAAAAACGUCCAUCUGCCGCUGCCAGAACUGUUCAGCUCAGAUGUCCACUGGAAUUUCAUGUUUGGAACAAGGGAAAGGUGGAGCGCACAGCAAACAGGUUGCUGUCGCUUUCAGUCUGACUCUGCUGCAUUUUGAGGUCAAAACUAACUGGAGCCAUUUGAAUUUAAACUGCAGCUGUUUCUGAAAACCUGCUUCAGGCCUAAAGGCUGAGUCGCUUCUCUUUAAGUGUCUUUGGAGUUUGAAUGAAACAGCGCCUUGCCUCACAAUGUGACACACAGUGGAACUAUAUCAUGUUUAAGAUGAAACAUAUUUUAAAGUCAAACAGUGCAUAAUCCAGAAUUAGACUGAAAGGUGCAGUUUCAGUAGCAGAGACGUCAGACUCAAGAUUUAAAAUAUGUUGUUGUAAAUGAUUCUUUUCUUGAUUUAUGUACAGAUUUGGAUUUUGGAUCUUGGUGCAGUUAUUGCAAAACAUUUUAACUGUUUUAACUGUGAUGAUUUGAAUAUUACCAGCAGGAAGUGAAUGCAGCAGCUCAACUCAGGGCUGUCACUUUCACUGUUUAACGGUAUGAUAAUGAAAUGAUGCACGUGAACAGACUGAAACAUCGUUUGAAUUCUGAAUGUAACAGCUGAGUCACUGCAGCAAACACACUUACAUAUUUGUAUAUACAUAUUUAAUUAACCUGAAUCAUGAAAAUAAAUGUUUGCUCAAAAGUC